UUCCCAUUAAUUUUAUUUUCUAAAAUUAAACACAUUUCUAUUGCAGUUUUGUAAGCCUUACUUGGUUUUGAGAUGGGCGAGAGAAGUUUUCGCAAGCUAGGCUUGGGUGUAAUCCUGACGGCUCUGGUCCUGUAUGCCCUACUCUUUAUGGACACGCUGAUUUACGAGGCUGGCGGAAAGAUACACAAUGCAUUCUUCGUGAACACGGCUGGAUGUCGUAUUAUAGCCAUGGAUGUGAUGAACCCGACCAUCGCAAAGUACACGAAUUGGGAGUGGGAGGACAAGAGGUUCCACUUGGAGUGCCCCCAUCAGACCUGGUUUCGAACGGAGGUGGCGAACGGUGAGUGGUAUCUGAAGUUGACCCGUGACAUCGAUAAGAUCCUGGAGGAGAACGAUCUAACACACGACUGGCAAAUAGAGUGCUUUUGGUUCCGGUCGAAAAUAACUAGGCGAUGGCGUGCACAACUGAGCCAUAAAACCAGGUUCUAUUUGGAGUUUCCAUAUGCCCUCAAAAUUCCCAAGGGUUUGAGGCAAAUGCGAGUGAGGUGCCUCAGUACCUUGACGAAUAGCUCAUUGAACGAAGAUGCCUUCUUCUUCAUUCAGCCGCCACCCGAGAAGUUGCUAAAGAAAGCUCCGAUGACUUUAAAAUACUGGGAUGAGAAGAAUUAUUCUAGUAAUGAGACUUCUCCCAUUUCCGUGAUGAUUUUGGGCCUGGAUUCAGUUUCGCAUCUGAACUUGCUUCGCCAAAUGCCGAAAACCGUUCGAUAUAUGCGCCAUAAUAUGUCGCACGUGGAGUACUGGGGCUUCAACAAGAUCGGCCAUAAUACCUAUCCAAACCUAAUCGCUUUGCUGACUGGCCUUAGUGCGACAGAGUCCAUGAAGUAUUGGGUAAAACAGAAUUGUAUGGAUGGUUUACCACUGAUUUGGAAGGAUUUCAAGAAGGCCGGGUACAAUACCAGUUUCGCCGAGGACAUGGCCCUUUAUUCGAUGUUUUACUAUGGCAAGCCGGGUUUUAAGCGCCCGACCACAGAUCACAAUUUCCACAACUUUAUGGCGACGAUGUACAUUUUAAGGCAGAGUAGCUCGGUGGCAGAUACCCAUUGCGUGGGCGAAAGGACCUUCAUAGAUCUCCUGCUGGAGAUGAAUGACAGACUGUUGCCCCACAAACAGCGGUAUCCGUUCUUCUCGUUUUAUUGGUGGGCCAAUGGCUUCCACGAGUUCUUCAAUUCACCCCGACUUGCGGAUGGGAGGUUCGAGCGAUUGCUGAGGAGCCUCGAUGACGCGGGCAUUACCAACAACACCAUCAUAUUCUUCAUGUCGGAUCAUGGCCUGCGUUGGGGUCGCUUCCGUAGGAGUUUCCAGGGAAUGAUAGAGGACAGUCAGCCCUUUUUGUCCGUUUUAUAUCCCGCGUGGCUGAGGAAGAAGUACCCCAUGGCCAUUAGAAACCUGGCUGGCAAUGCUCACAGCCUGGUGACCACCUACGAUCUUCACAAGACCUUGAAACAUAUAUUGGAUCUUGACUCUUUAAAGGAUGAAGGUAUCACCCAGAAGUCUGAAGAGUUAUGGAAGCUCAAGGGUGCGCAAACUCCAAGGGCUGUCAGCCUUUUCCUUCCCAUUCCGCCUUGGAGGACCUGCAACUCGUCGAACAUUCCCAGUGAAUUCUGUCUCUGCCACAAGCAAGUUUCCGUUCCGGAGAAUAACCGAGUGGUCAAGAAAUCGGCCAGCAUAAUAAUUGAAUAUGUCAACAAGUUACUGGAGGAGUAUCCCGUUUGCAUUCCCCUGGAAUUGGAUUCCAUAGAGAGUGCCUAUUUCGCUGCUCCCGAAAGGGAUAACGACUUCUACAUCGAGAAGGGCCACAAGAACGCGUAUCCUGAGCAGGGACCUUAUUGGGAUAAGCAAAGGUACGACGACAAGGACAUCGUGGUGCGAUUGAAGACCAAGCCGGGGAAGGCCUAUUUCGAGGGGAUGACCCGCCGGCAUGGAAGUAAACUCUCCCUCGUUGGAGAAGUGGUUCGAGUUGUGGACGAUGGCAACAAGAACAACGACUGUAUCGAAAAUCCCUUGCUGGAACCAUUCUGUCAUUGUGCUCUGUAG